CAGUCAACUGCUUGCCAAAAGAAGUGAUUAUUAUAAUUAAAACAGCAAAAUGGCACGUCGUUAUGAUUCGCGGACAACUAUUUUUUCGCCGGAAGGUCGAUUGUACCAGGUGGAGUAUGCCAUGGAGGCUAUUUCCCGUGCUGGUGCCGCUUUAGGUAUACGCGCAAAAGAUGGCAUUGUUAUAGCGGCAGAAUGUCACACAACAAGCCCAUUACUCGACAACGAUAUUUUCCAGGAUAAAAUAUACAAAAUUAAUGAUCACAUCUGUGUCGCCGUUGCGGGUAUCACAUCAGAUGCUAAUGUUUUGGUUAACGAGAUGCGUUUAAUAGCACAGCGCUACAAGUAUAACUACGGGGAACCAAUACCGGUUGAACAACUGGUGUCACAUUUGUGUGACAUUAAACAAGCGUACACACAAUAUGGUGGCAAACGACCAUUUGGUGUGUCUAUCCUUUACAUGGGAUACGACAGGCGUCACGAUUUUCAACUAUACCAGUCGGAUCCCAGUGGUAAUUACAGUGGCUGGAAUGGAACCUGCAUUGGCAAAAGCUUUGGUGUAGCUAUGUCCAUGUUGAAAACAGAACUAGCUAAUCGUUAUGAUACCUCUGAAAACCCUCUUACGACGGAAGAAGCGAAGAAGAUCGCCAUAAAAAUCCUGGCUAAAUGCAUGGAAGGCAUUAAUUCCGAAAAGGUUGAAAUGGCAGUCACUAACAUAGAUAGUAAUAAGCAACCCAUAAUUAAAAUGGUGCAAAAAGAAGAAAUUGAAAGAUUGAUAACUGAGCACAAUCAAGAAGAAGAGGAAAAGAAAGCGGCAACAUCGGGGACGAACUAGAGUUGAACUUAAUUAAGUUUUCUACAUAAUAUUUUUGGUUUGGUUUCUUAAAGUAACCGAAUUGUCAAAUAACAGCUUUUUCACAUAAAUUAAUAUUUGGUGAGAUAUCUUACAAUACUAGUA